AUGAUACGCGCCACGCGACACGAAGUCGAGGCGGCAUCCUUCCCCCUCCCCCCUCUUGGCCUCUCCGCCCUCUGGGCCCCAGUAUCAGACUUGGGGUCCUCCUCGAGCCCCCCUCUACUCACCAGUCUCAGAGGCCUGGGUUCCUACCUCCUCACUGAGGGAGCCCACCUCCCCCCCAGUGGUGGUGGCGCCACUGGCCUCAUUCACCAGUUUGGCACCGGCUGGCCGUUUCUUGCCAACUACGAUAUGAUGAUUAGCCUGGAGUCCGAUGCUGAAAUGCGGUCUGAGGGAAGGCACUUACGACCGUAG